UUAAAAGACGCGGCCCCGGGGUGGCCUCUGUCUGCCGUCCCCUCGCUUCUCAGACCCUUGGUCCUCGGACCCUGAGCCCUAUGGCCUUGCCGCUGCUGCCCGGCAACAGCUUCAACCCCAACGUGGGAAAGGAGAAGUUUCAUAAAUCCCAACAUUGGGGCUUUUGCAACAAUGUUAGAAUGCUGGUGAGUGAUGAGAAACCUGGAAUAGGUGGAGAACCACUUCUUGGACAAAAGAUCAAGCCAAAAUAUAGCAUAUAUCCUAAAGGAGAAGGAACUGAUGUGCCAUCAUGGAUAGCUUUUGAUAAACAGGUAUUAUCUUUCGAUGCCUAUUUGGAAGAUGAAGAAAACUACAGAAUAAGAUACUAUAAAAUCUACUUCUACCUUGAAGAUGACACAAUUCAAGUAAAUGAGCCAGAGUUGAAAAAUAGCGGACUGCCUCAAGGGACUUUUAUCCGGCGUCAUCGGAUUCCUCUUCCACCUCCUGAUGAUGAUCAGUUUUAUACUGUGUAUCAUUUUAAUAUCAGCAUAGACAUUGUGUUCUAUGGCCGGACAUUCAAGAUUUAUGACUGUGAUAACUUCACAAAAAAUUUUUUGAAAAAAAUAGGAGUCAAAUUAAAUUCCCCGGGACAAUGUCCAGAUGAUCCUUACUUGAAGAUGCGAAGAGAGGUGCUAGACUGCACGGAGCCCUUACAUCCCUAUGAGUACUUCGACACUCUGAAACAGUUCCUCCAGUAUGAUAGGAAGGUUUUGCGUUUCUUCUGCUUGUGGGACGACUCAGCCUCACUGUUCGGGGACCGUAGAGAUCUUGUCCUGCACUAUUUCUUGACUGAUGAUACUGUUGAAAUCAAAGAAGUGAUGCCACAUAACUCAGGCCGGGAUGCCAUACCACUGUUCCUCCGGAGGAGUAAGUUACCCAAGUAUGGCCCACCUGGAAUCUAUCAACCAGGCCAGAUAACGGAUCAAACAGUUCUUAAUGUGUAUGGUGGCUUGGGAGAGAACCGAGUGGAUGGCUAUCUGAUGGAUAAAUACCAGCUGGGAAAAUUAGAUCAAGAGUUUUACAAAGAUAGUGACCUGUCUGUAGGAAUCACCAUCAAUGUUUGGGGAAGAAAAGUUCUCCUUUGCGAUUGUGAUGAAUUUACGAAGUCUUAUUAUAAGUCUAAAUAUGGAGUUGAGAACUUUACCUCGAUUCCAUAUAAGCUUCCUCCUCCUCCAAAAAUAGAAAGGAAAUUUCCACCUUAUACUGGCUUUGGUUCUGAAGAGGAUUCUCUCCGUUCCUGCAUAACCCUCAAGCCUACACCUUAUCGGAAGAACUUCAAGAAAUUCAUGGAAAAAGACAGCUAUGGCAACAUAAGCAAUACACUCCGGUUUUUUGCAAGACUAGUCACAGACAAAUACGCUGAUGUGGACAGGAUGUUUGUUAUUUCAUAUUUUCUCAGUGAUGACACAAUUUCAGUGUUUGAACCUAUAGAGCACAAUUCAGGGAUUGCUGGUGGGAUGUUCUUGAAAAGAACUCGUGUUAAGAAGCCUGGACAAGAAGUCUUUAAAAGUGAACUAUCAGAAUAUAUCAAGGUUGAGGAGCUGUACAUUGGAACCCAAGUGAAUGUGAAUGGCUACCUAUUUCGUUUGCUCAAUGCUGAUGAGUACACCUUAAACUACAUGGAGAAAAAUUCAGAUAGGUUUCCUUUCAGCAACAUCGAACUUGCCCUACAAAAGCUGAAAGAAGAAUCAAAAUCCAGAGAGAUCAAGCAAGUAUUUGCAUCUGCUGACUGUAGACACACAAAGAUGGUGGAUUUUAAUACGUUCAGAGACCUAUUGAUGACUAUUACUGUUGGAAAACUCACAGAACAAGAGGUUAUAACCAUUGCACGUCGCUACCGUGUGCCCGAGGACACAUGUUCAGGCGCAGAUGUCUUAAUUGCACUGGCCCACGAAAAGCUCAAGAAAAACUUUUUUGAGAAUUUCGACCGACUCAUUUCUUGCUGUGUGUAUGAAGAUCGAGAAAAAAAAAAUGUAUUACCCAGCAAAGACAUCAAAAGGCUGUGCAAAUCCUCCAGGUUACCUUUAAAUGAUGAUCUUCUAGAAUCCUUAUUGUCCAGAUUUGAAGACAGUGAAAAACAAAUAAAUUAUGAGUCAUUUUUCUCUACCCUGAACUGGAGAUUGAAUCCAAUGCCUGACUUGGAAGCAGCACCGUACCUUAAAGAGAAAUGUGAAGAUGUUUGGUUUGGGAUGCCAUCACCUAUUCCUGCGAAAUGCAUUAACUACUUCACCCUUUUGAAGGAUGUAUUUGGCUUAGAGGAGGAGUAACCAUGCCAGUCUUAGCCAGUUCUCUUUGAUUUACUUCUCUAAUUUUGCCAAAUUUGUUUUCGUAGAUAUAAUUUCUUAAAAACAAAAAAGAAACAAGGUUCAAAUUGAAUAGCAAUCCAUGAACCACAAUUAAUCAUCUUUUGUCACAUUUGUUUUUCAGAACAUCAUAUUAUAUUGCUGAUGUAUUGGCACUAUUAAAAAUGCCAUUUAAAAACACGUCGGAUAUUUUUCUUACAUGUAUGAUUUAUUAAUACCAAAGAACUUUUCAUCCAAAAUCAUUUGAUUCACUACAAUAUGAACAGAAAAUGAUUGAUGGCUAUACAUGACAAUAGAACAUCAAAUUAUAUCAGCAAUAAAUUGUGAUUCUAUUAAA